CAGCCACAUAAAGCGGGGUGUGAAGGGUGCUUCAGCAGCUGCCCCACCAUGACCUCCUGGGCCCUCCUGCUCCUUGCCUCAGUGCUCCUGGCCACCCCGGGGCUGACCUUUUGUGGUCUUUCCCCUGAGGACCAUGACCUGGACAUGGCUGACAGGUGUCAGGAUGAGCCGUUCUUCCAGAUGCUGGCCCAGGAGACGCCCCAGCAGAACCUGACUUUAAACCUCUGUGAUACCUGUCGUAUGAUACUUAGUUGGCUGAAGAAUUGCGUGGGACUGCAGCGGAUUCAGAUGACCAUUGAAAAGGCUGCGGAACUGGUGUGCUCUCAAUUUCCUUUGGUGGAAAAUAUCUGCAAAGAAACCAUCAACAAGUAUGUAAAUGACAUCGUCCAGAGUAUCCUGAAUGCUCCACCCCGCCAGGAUAUCUGUGUGACAUUGAGGCUGUGCAAGUGUCAAGUAGGUCUCUGAGCCUCUGGGGUCUCUGAUGCCACCCUGAGGAGAAGCACAGAGUCUCCAACAACCACCACCUGCUUCUGCCCUCCCAAAUCCAGAGCCGACCCUCCAGUGUCUCUCAGUUAACUUCUCAUUGCC